AGCGUUAGUUUGACAGUGACUUGACUGUUAAAAACAUGCUGGAAUAUUUUGGUUGUGUUGUGAUAUGCUGUUGAUCAAAUUCUAUUUCUAUGAUAUGUAAAGUUAGAAGUUCUAAACAAAAGCUGAAGAAACUUUACAUAUUGAAGUUAGAUAAGAAAACAUUGAUCUAAUCUAACAAAAACAUGGAGGAAGAGAAAGUGAAUCCAAGAAAGAAAUUCAAAUUUUUAAAGGAUCAAAUUUCGUCUCCGACUUUGGAAGCAAUCAAAGGGAUGGGUUUUAAAACUAUGACAGAUAUUCAGGCCGAAGUAUUGCCGGCAGCGUUAGACGGAGUCGACGUUGUGGCCACUGCUAAAACUGGGUCUGGUAAAACCUUGGCAUUCUUGAUACCAGCUGUUGAAACUAUUAUCAAGUGUAAGGAGAAACAGGUUCAAGGGACUUGCUGCAUAAUAAUAUCACCAACAAGAGAGUUAGCAAUACAAACUCAUAGCGUACUUCAAGAACUUGUGGCAUACCAUGAAAAUAUAACAUCCUCCUUGGUAAUUGGUGGAGAAAACAGAAAAAGGCAAAGUGCAGAGCUCUCUACAGGGGUGCACAUAGUAAUAGCUACACCUGGACGAUUGUUUGACCAUAUGAGAACAAAAGAGUUUGAUUACAGAAAUGUCUGCUGCCUAGUAUUAGAUGAAGCUGAUAAAAUAUUUCAGUAUGGAUUUGAAGAAGAUUUAAAACAGAUUGUUAAUAGACUACCAAAGGAAAGGCAAACCAUGUUAUUUAGUGCUACUCAGUCUGAAAGAACCGAGGCUUUAAUAAAAUCAGCUAUGAAAGAAAAGGUUCAUAAUAUUAAUACAGAUGAAGAUAAUCUUAUGGCAACUGUUGAAGGGCUAAAGCAAGGAUAUGCUAUAUGUGACACAGAAUACAGACUCUGGUGGCUCGAUAAGUUAUUGAAAAAGACACGAAACUUUAAAGUAAUGGUCUUCUUCUCCAGUUGUAAAUCAGUUGAGUUUCACCAUGAAUUUUUCAGUAAAUAUUGCCAGGUGUCUGUUCUUUGUAUUCAUGGUAAAAUGAGCCAAGCAGAUAGAACAAAUGUGAUAACGAAUUUCUACAAUGCAGAAAAAGUGGCUUUGUUUUGUACUGAUUUAGCUGCAAGGGGUUUGGAUAUACCAGCCGUUGAUUGGAUUGUACAGUUUGAUCCGCCUGCAGAUGCGAAUGAAUACAUUCAUAGGGUUGGCAGAACUGCAAGAGGGAUGGGUGCAGAAGGUAAUGCCGUGUUAUUAUUGCGACCAGAAGAACAAGAUUUUGUUCCAUAUUUAAAGGAAUCCAAAAUUUAUUUGGACAAAUAUGAAUCUUGGAACAAGUUUGCUAAUUUACAACCAAAGUUAGAUGCUGCAAUUUCUGAUCCCCUUUUUCAUCAAUUAGCUGUAGAAGCUUUUGAAGGAUACAUGAGAGCAUUUGAAGUAAAGAAAUUGAAGCAUAUAUUCAAUGUGAUAACAAUGGAUGUUGAUAUCGUAGCGAGAUCGUUUGGACUGAAGGAAAGGCCCGAUGUUGACAUUCGAAUUGGCUUUAGUAAGAAACAUAGGCCGAGAAAAAGAGCGGCGGCUAUGCUUGCUGAAUCUACUGGGAGCGUAAAACAUCUUAAGUCAUAAUAUUAAUUUCAGCCUGAAUUGAAUUAAGGCCAUUCAAUUUAAAAGUUAUUAAGAUAUAAGACACGUUAAA